UCUGUUCCGACAACAACUGCUACCGGCUCCGUUGAGAUCCCCGUGAACACCACGUCUACCGAGACCUUCCCGACUACCACGCAGCUCCCGACCUUGUCUCAGCUGCCUACGGCCUCCACUACUAUCAGCAACUCGACUGACAGCUUGACUGUGGCUCCCACGGCUACGCCUUCCUCCCUCUCGUCGACCUCAGUCGCCAACGAGACCGCCACAGCCACCAACGUCGUCCCCACUACCACCGAGUCUUUGUCUACGGAGCCUGCCGCGACCACCACUCUCCCCGUGAACACUACUGUUCUCUCGGAGACUUUGAUCGAGACCACGCCGACCACGCCUACUGUCACCGUGCCGCCUACGACGACUCCCAUCAUCACGAGCAUACCCGCCACGGCCACCAUUACUGACUCGGAGUCCUGGUUGCCCAGCACCAUCAUUGUCGAGCAGUCCACUUCGCUCAGCACGCCCACGGAGGCCCUUGCCCCGACGUCGACCAUUCCUCUGCCCUCUGACCUUCCGAAGGUCAUCAGCGGCCCGGACCCGAACGUCGAGCAGCCCAAGGACACCAUUCUCCUGCAGAUUGGUUUCCUGCACGGUGAGAACUACCAGCACGUCAGCAAGAACCCCAACGCUGCCGCUCAGAUCUUCACGUGCCUGCCCAAGGCUUUGGCCGAUGCUGCCGGCCUGGACAUUAGCCAGAUCCAGAUGACCAAGCUCGUCCCCUAUGACACGUCCCAGACCCUCGGCUACAUCACCACGCUCGCCAAGUUCUACUACCCCAAGAGCAUGGUCGACACCCUGCGCAUGGAUAUCAAGAUUCCCAACUCGGCCAUCUACAACAACCCCGAUCAGCUCGUCUACAACCUUACUCAGAACAUUAACCCUGCCAUUGAGAUCAUUCCUGGCCAGGAGGAUGACGGCACCUCUACGGGCGGAGACGGAUCUUCGUCUACCUCUACCCCCAACAACCCCAACGACCCCUUCGGCACCGGUGAUGACGGCUCCAACCAGUCUCCCAUCCAAAAGGGCACUGCCGCCGCCAUCGGUAUCGGAGCUGUGGGUGUUGCUGCCGCGUACGGUGCUGCCAUGUUCAUCAUUGCCCGCCGCUACAAGCAGAAGAAGCAGGCUCACCGCCGCGCCAGCUCCCUCACCUCAUCCGAGAUGCGCUACACCGGUGCCGGCAGCCCGCCCAUGAUGGGCGGUGCCCUGAUGAGCCAGGACUUCUCCAACUACGGAGCCGCCGGUGGCCGCGAAAGCCACGGCAGCGGCCGUACGAGGGGAAGCGGUCCCGGCAACUCUGCGAGGACGGCCUACAUCUCGGCCCCCGUUGCUGCCGAGAACUCUCUCGGCUGGAACUGA